AUGAAAACAAAUCAAAUCCCACGCUUAUUUUGUGUUGCUGAUUAUGACAAAGAAAAUUUCAACUAUGCCACCAAACAUCAAAGAGUAUAGUCAUCAAUGGCACUCAGAGACAAGUCUUCAAACUCAUUCCACACGAUGAUUCCUCAGUAAAAACCAUAAUUGAAAUUGAAUGAUGAAUCUAGCAAUCGUACAAAGGAAGGAUUUCAUAGAGUCAAAACAGAUUCUAAUAUGCCAAUGCCUUUGCGUAAUGGAAGAAACCUAAGUAUAACCAGUGGAGUCACUACAUUAUUAACAAAUAAAAGCUUUUUAUUGCCCUAAAAACAUGAUAAUCCCUAAUCUGUCAAUGCAUACAAAAAAGAAAUAGUGACAUAUAUGAAAGAAAAAAGUUGUCGAUCAAAUUACAAAAUGAACGCUUUUUAAUUUCAAACUGAGAUUACCGAAAAAAUGCGUAGCAUCUUACUUGAUUGGAUAGUGGAUGUUCAUUUCAAAUUCAAAUUGGAUACAGAAACACUAUUUUUAACUAUUUCGAUAAUUGAUAGAGUACUUGAAGUUCACUAGAUAUCUAAAUAAAAAUUCUAACUUUAUGGAGUGACAGCCUUGUUCAUAGCAUCCAAAUAUGAAGAAGUGUACUCCGUGCCUCAUGUAAGGGAUCUUGUUUACGUUUGUGAUAAUGCAUAUACAAAAGAGGAGAUCUUGGCAACAGAGGGCAAAAUCAUCUCAUUGUUGGGAUUUGAUUUGCUUACAACAAGCCCUUUAAGAAUGUUGAAUGUCUAUUAAGAAACAGCAAAAAUGGAUUAAAAAAACUACAUGCUAGCAAGAUAUUUGAUAGAACUAUCAAUUUUGGAGUAUUCUACGAUCUAAUUUUCAAAUAAUGUUUUGGCUAGUGCUUCAAUUUAUUUGGUGCACAAGAUUAGACGAAUCCAUCCAUCAUGGAAUUAGGAUUUAAUGGUUCCUCUUACUGGUUUGAAUGAAAUAGAAAUUAGAAGUUGUGCAAAGGAGAUGUGUAGUUUAUUGCAAAAUCAAGAUAAAAAAUAGUUUGCAUCAAUAAAGAAAAAGUUUUCGAUGCCAAAAUAUUUUGAAGUCUCAAAAAUAAGAAUAGAGAAGAAACCUUCACAAAAUCUAUAAACGCUGCAAUAAUGA